AUGGAGUCUCGCGUGCUCACCGGUGCCACCAUCCGCGGCCUGACCCUCCCCCCGAGACCGGCGGCGAAGCUCUCCGACAGCUGCAGCCUACCCGCCUUGAGGCUCGCCGGCAGGCUCAGCGGCGGCGGGAACUUGGUGUGGGGAAGGCAGCUCCGUCCAGCGAUUCUUCUCGAGACCUCGCUGGUCGGCGCGGCUUCUCCGGCGAUGAAGAGGGACAUUCUCCGGCCGUGCUCCGCCGCGGCUUCUUCUCCGGCCGAGGGCGGCGAUUCUUCCGGGGCCGCGAAAGUCGGGUUCUUUCAGAAAUACCCGGCUCUUGUCACCGGGUUCUUCUUCUUCAUGUGGUACUUUCUGAACGUGAUAUUCAACAUCCUCAACAAGAAAAUCUACAAUUACUUCCCCUAUCCUUAUUUUGUGUCGGCUCUCCACUUACUUGUUGGUGUUGUUUACUGCUUAAUAAGCUGGGCUGUUGGCCUCCCAAAGCGGGCUCCAAUUGACUCGAACCUCUUAAAACUUCUCGUCCCGGUUGCUGUUUGCCAUGCUCUCGGCCAUGUGACAAGUAAUAUCUCGUUUGCUGCUGUUGCAGUCUCGUUCACCCACACUAUUAAAGCCCUCGAACCUUUCUUCAAUGCUGCGGCUUCACAAUUCAUUCUUGGACAGUCGAUUCCAUUGGCGUUAUGGCUGUCUUUGGCCCCAGUUGUUCUUGGUGUGUCAAUGGCAUCACUCACUGAAUUGUCUUUCAAUUGGACCGGAUUUGUUAGUGCCAUGAUUUCAAACAUCUCCUUCACUUACAGGAGCAUAUACUCGAAAAAAGCCAUGACUGAUAUGGACAGCACUAAUUUGUAUGCCUACAUUUCAAUUAUCGCACUCGUUGUCUGCAUUCCACCUGCUGUGAUUCUCGAGGGCCCUCAGCUGAUGAAGCACGGAUUUAACGAUGCAAUUGCUAAAGUUGGACUCACAAAGUUCAUCACUGAUCUUUUCUGGGUGGGAAUGUUUUACCAUCUCUAUAAUCAGUUGGCUACAAACACACUUGAGAGAGUGGCACCGCUGACUCAUGCCGUUGGAAAUGUUUUGAAACGUGUCUUCGUGAUUGGCUUCUCGAUUUUGGUGUUUGGUAACAAGAUUUCAUUACAGACUGGUAUUGGCACGUCCAUUGCAAUAGCUGGAGUUGCAAUGUACUCCUUCAUCAAGGCCAAGAUGGAAGAAGAGAAACGGGCAGCCCACGAAGGGUCCGGUUAUUUCUCGAUGGGGCAGGGAUAUAACUCAGCGGUAGAGUGUCACCUUGACGUGGUGGAAGUCAUCAGUUCGAGCCUGAUUAUCCCAAAACCCUCCAUUAUCUUGGCGAAGUCUUUCUCGAAAAUUGAUCUUCGUUCGGGCUACUGGCAGGUCCGAAUCAAGGAGGGAGAUGAGCACAAGACAACUGUGACCCGCUCUGCUCCCGCCGGCACUAAAUGCGAAAAGAGCUCCCAUCGCCAUGCACCUCCAUCCGUCGUAAAGAAAUGGACCGGUUUGUCGAGCAGGGUUGCAGGGACCGAGUCGAGAGCUAUAGCUGUCUCUUAUGAGUUCCUGUCCGAGUAG